CUUUCGAAAGGUGAAAAGAAGACCUCAUCCUUUUGGUUCGGUUUUUUGUUCGAGAUGAAUUGAAGUUUAGGAAUUUGGUGGAUACCUCCACAUGAUGGCUGAUUGCAGAUAUGAAUUUGUUUGCUGCAGUGAGAUGCAAGUAGCAGUUCCAUUUGAUGUUCUGGGAGCAUGGCAGGUCCUUUAACUUCUUGGACUUCUAUAUAUGCUCUGUUCCCACUUCUCCUUCUGAAGUUGCAAUCAGUUGUGAAGAAGACAUCAUUUGUUAUCACUAAGAUUUAAAAAUAUAUUGUCAUGGGUGGUUGUACUUCAAAGGCAAGUGGCAAAAUCAGAUCUCGCAAGAAGCACUUAAUUAGGUCUCGUCAACAUGGCAGAAAGAUUUCCAGUACAGUUCCUGUUGCACCUAUAGAACAUUUUAGUGAUGCAAGAAACUCUUUAGGAGACUUUGCUGUUACUGAGUUGGUCCACAAAAACAUUGAGAAGGGUGCCAUAGCCUCUUGUAGAAGAUCUGAUGUAUCCAAUUUGGCAUUUCAUCUCAGCCAGCUGCAGUGGAACCACAGCCAGAUAGAUGCAAAUGGAAUUUGCCAGGAGGAAGUAUGGUUUGACUCUUGCAGUAUAUUGGAGUCUGAUUCAGAUGAUGACUUCAUAAGUGUUUAUGGUGCAGGUGUUUCUCGGAGAUUCUUCUAUCGACCAAGAGCAGGACUUCUCAUUCCUUGUUCGUUGGGAGAGAAGCCAACUCCAGGGUGUUGGUGUCCUGUUGCCCCUUCAGUCUUUAAGCUCCGAGGUGCAAAUUAUUUUAGAGAUAAACAGAAGUUCCCUGCUUCAGACUACAGCCCAUAUACUCCAAUUGGUGGUGAUUUAUUUGAGUGUCCUCGGAAGAUAAACCACAUCGCUCAGCACCUUGACCUCCCCUCUGUAAAAGCACACAAGAAAGUGCCGUCAUUGCUUAUUGUUAAUGUACAGCUGCCUACUUAUCCUGCUGCCAUUUUCCUUGGUGAUACUGAUGGAGAGGGCAUGAGCCUUGUACUAUAUUUCAGAGUAUCUGAGAACUUUGACAAAGAGAUUUUACCUCAAUUUCAGGACAGUAUCAAGAGACUGGUUGAGGAUGAGGUUGAAAUGGUCAAGGGAUUUGCAAAAGAAUCUGCAGUUCCUUUCAGAGAAAGACUGAAGAUCGUUGUUGGGGUGGUUAAUCCAGAGGAACUCCAGUUGAGUUCUGCUGAGAGAAAGCUUUUACAUGCUUAUAAUGAAAAGCCAGUGCUUUCACGCCCUCAACAUGCUUUCUAUACUGGGCCAAAUUACUUUGAGAUCGACAUUGACAUUCACCGGUUCAGCUACAUAUCUAGGAAAGGCCUUGAUGCCUUCAGAGAAAGAUUGAAGUUUGGCAUACUUGAUCUGGGUUUAACCAUUCAGGCACAAAAACCAGAGGAGCUGCCAGAGAAAGUCCUGUGCUGUGUGAGACUGAACAAAAUUGAUUUUGUAAAUCAUGGCCAGAUACCUAGAUUUGUAACCCUAGACGAGGGCAUGUUCGGAUCAGCAGGGAUUGGAGAGACAUGUUUUCAGAGCUGACACGAUUUGAUAACCAAGCAGCCGCCACUUGUGAGCUUGUAUAAUAUCAAACACUGUCCAGUUUAUCAAGUUGAAAAUGAAUAUGAAAAGGAAAAAAAAUAAAAGGAAUUAAUUUGGUAGUUUUGAUUGAUUUCUCAGCCUUGAAUCUGAUGAAGAAAUGUAGCAAUAAUCAAGGUUUUGUGUACUCUUUGCUGCAUACGGCAUGCCCAUGUGAUAUCUCAUGAUAGGAAGCGUUUGUUUUUCAGGAUCAUAUUAUUGCAGUGAAACAUCCAUCCAUCGUUAGUGGUUGGUGCCUUGUA